ACGGAUUAUUUCAAAAUUUCUCCAAACGAAACAAGAGUGUCUGUGAUAACAUACGCGACAUGGCCAACAUUACAUUUUCGAUUUUCUCGAAUAUUCAAAACGCGACAAGAUCUUUAUUUGGCAAUAGAUAACAUUCCAUACAGCGGAGGGGGAACGAACACCGCAAGGGCUUUAACAAAAGCAUAUAUAGAUAUGUUUGAUACACGGAAUGGUGCUAGGAUUUCAGGAAUAAAGAGAAUUUUAAUAGUUUUCACUGAUGGAAAAAGCAGUGGAAAUGUUUAUUAUCCUUCUCAACAACUGAAAAACAUGGGUGUCGUAAUAUUCUCAAUUGGAGUUGGUUCAGGAAUCGAUGUUUUAGAGCUCAAAACAAUGGCUUCCUCUCCGGCAAAAGACCACGUGUUCCUACUCCACAAUUUCAAUCAUUUUGCACAUUUGGCUCACAAUAUGUCAUUUAAUGCUUGCAAUGGUAACACCACAAACAUAACGCACGUCUCCACCACACCACAUCCCAAUAGAGGUUCAUGUGGUGAUAUUUAUCUGUUUACUCCUGGCAUACUCAUAAGCCUUUUUAUCCUAACGAUUACCCGAGCAACACGAAUUGUACUUGGAUUAUUUCUACUGGAAGGCGGUUCGAGUUGUCCAUAUGAUUAUUUGGACGUCUAUGAUGGUAAUUCUAUGUAUGCAAAAAAACUGGGGAGGUUCUGUGGGCAGCAAUUGCCAAGAAAACUGGUAUCAUCUGGUUCAAAGCUCUUAAUCGUAUUUCAUACGGACAGUAGUGUUCAGAAACAAGGGUUUGUUCUCUACUACACGGACACAAAUGAUACCAAUAAAUGUUCUGGAGCCCCGUGUGCUCCCUAUGCAAACUGCACAAAAAUUAAUGGUUUGUACGUUUGUGUAUGUAAACCUGGAUAUAAUGGAAAUGGGACAAGCUGUACAGAUAUCGAUGAAUGUAAUGGCCCUAAUAACUGUUCCCCGAACGCUGUCUGUCAUAAUGUAGUCGGGUCGUACACGUGUGAUUGUAGUCAUGGAUAUCACGGUGAUGGAACUCGUUGUGACGAUAUAGAUGAAUGUAGAGACCAACCACAGAAAUGCACGGGUGCAGGUGAAUCGUGUACCAACUAUCCCGGACGAUACCGCUGUGGGUGUAUCAGUUCAGGCCAGCAAUUUAUUGAUAACAAAUGUACUGAUAUUCAGGCAUCCGUCCAAGGUGAAUUCCGAAUAAUAAACCGCCAAUACAUCCCUGCCUUUAAUAUUAUAAACAGCGCCGAGUAUUUUGAAUUUACUGAAAUGUUAAUCAAUGAGCUAACAAGCCUUUACAGGAGGACACCGAAAAUACACUCUACCUUCCGUUUAAUCAUCAUAUUACGACUAUUUCCUGGAUCGGUUGGCUUCGAAUACGUGGCAACAUUCAGCGAUAAAAAGGGCAUCGAUCUGGGAAAUAUUCAGGAUGAGCUGGCACAUUCACUACAAGUCACACAUGAUGGAACAUUCCUAGGCAACGGUCUCAAAAUAAGCGACAGUACGAAUAUCACUGAAGUGGGAAAACGUCUGAGAGUUCAAGAUAUCGACGAGUGUUCUGAGGAUAGUAAUUCCUGUCCGGCUAAUUCUGAAUGUAAAAAUACAAUCGGAUCUUUCACAUGUUCCUGUAAUUCUGGAUACGUUGGUAAUGGGACUAUUUGUCAAGUUUCAGAAAUAUCAAAGGAGCCGACUGAGCACGGAACUAAAUGGUAUAUCUUCGUAAUAAUAAUUGUGGCUGGAAUUGUCAUCGGGCUUUUAAUUGCAUAUGUUGUGGCAUGCCUUCGUCGUCGAUAUUUGAAAAGAAAAGUUUUAUGCAAUGCCGAUGUUCAACAUUCAUAUCAGAAUUCAGUUUACGAAUUAGAUGUUGCGAAACUUGAGGACAACUUUUAUGAGUCUGGGGGGACUGCCAGCCGCGAGAGUUCUCCACCUUAUGAAGAGUUGAGUAAUGUAAGAGAUCCCGAGAACACUUAUGGAAGUCUAAAAUAGCUUAACGCCACGAGACGAA